UAGUGAUAUUUUUCGUCCACAUGCUAUCGAAUCAAAUAGCGAAUUCCGUAAAGUAGUUAGUCAUACUCAAACAUUGGCGCUUAAAACACGUAUAUUUUUUCCGCGAAUCGACUUCGAGAGAACAAGUGAUUUUGGUGAUUUCGGAUUCGAUUAUUUUCAUUGGUACCGUGAUUUGAAACUAAUUCAAUGUGAUAAAUCUUCAAUAUUUCCCAUCAUUGCAAGGAGAAAUACCAAUGGCGAAAUAGUGAAGACAAUCGUACUAAAAUGUGUCAUACUAAGUGAAAUACAAUUGAUACGAGAAGGUCGUAAUUCAGUGCAGUGAAUAAUCGAAUUAAACUGCUACACGCCAGAUUAUGGAGUAUGUAAUACCGACGCAGAAGCUUAUGUGAUGUGAAUGAACCAGGACGAGAGCGUACAUCAGAAUAAACUUCGCUGAAAAUAGAAGGAUACGAAGUGUUGAAUUGUGCAACGGAUAGAGACCACUGGUGGAAUCAAUCUCCGAGAAACGAAUUCAUUAUUUUAGAGUGAAUGGUCUUGAACAUUGACGGUUUUAGAACAUGGAUGCCAAUAAUUUUGUGAUGUCUUCCUAUCAAUUCGUAAACUCACUUGCUUCAUGCUAUCCGAACAAUGCUCCAAAUCCCAACAAUGCUCCAGCAAGCAGCAGUAGUGGCCAAAGCGAUGGAUAUUUUCCACCUUCGGCAUAUACCCCCAAUUUGUACCCUGGCACACCGCACCAAGCCCAUUACUCGAAUCCUCAGUCGUACAACUCACUUGCGACAGGCCCUGGGAACGUAAACGCAGCUAGUACUGCAAGUGCACAUCAAUCGAACGAAAUGGUUGACUACACACAACUGCAGCCGCAAAAGUUUCUAUUGAAUCAGCAACAGCAACAACAGCAGUCAAGCCUGAGUUCUCAGAGUUGUAAAUAUGCCAGUGAUGGCACAAGUGCAGGUACAAACGUAGGUAAUAGUAGCAAUAAUAAUAGUACUACGAGUCCGCAAGAUCUAAGUACAGCGAGCUCCAACAACAGUGCGGGUGGAGGAGGAGGAAGCGGAAAUCGGCCGGACAUUUCACCAAAGUUGUCACCCAGCUCAGUAGUUGAAAACGUGUCACGAACAAUGAAAUCUACCAGCGCUACUACUUCUGUCGGAAGCAGUAACACAAACAACAAUAGUAGUAACAUUAGUAAUCGCAACCCUGUGAACCAAGUGAAUUUACCAUUGGGAAGUCCUGAAGGUGAUGAGUCCGAUGCGAGUGACGACGACAGUGGUACCGAAGGAGGGAGCUCGCAAGGUGGCGGAAGUGGUGGCAAGAAAAGUGGAGGGCCACCUCAAAUCUAUCCAUGGAUGAAACGGGUGCAUAUCGGGCAAAGUACGGUUAAUGCCAAUGGAGAAACUAAACGACAGCGAACAUCCUACACGCGUUAUCAAACUCUGGAGUUGGAGAAAGAAUUUCAUUUCAACCGAUAUUUGACGCGACGAAGAAGGAUUGAAAUUGCUCACGCACUCUGCUUAACCGAACGGCAGAUCAAAAUCUGGUUCCAGAACCGUCGGAUGAAAUGGAAAAAGGAGCACAAGAUGGCAUCGAUGAACAUCGUACCGUACCACAUGUCUCCUUACGGACAUCCAUACCAGUUCGAUAUCCACCCAUCCCAGUUUGCGCACCUUAGUGCAUAGGACGCGUGGCACUUUUCGGGACCUAUCUCCUAUCACAUUGUAAAUAUGGGAUAAAUUCGAAGAAAGCAUCGAUUCAAUCUUCUCUAAUCAGUAUUCGAAAAGCAAGUCCCGCGUCACGCGAGGGUUCUCUAUAGGUACUAACAUGUAUUAGGCUAUUGAUGGAGUUACGUUUACUUUCCCAUGAUUUUUCCACUUGUUUGAAACAACUUGCAUGCAAGCUUUGGUCAACUAGGUAAAACAGAGCAUAGCAAAGACUCGCACACACAAGUUCAGUUAUGGCAAAAUUAUGGAAAAGUUAUGAUCAAUCGUACUUGUAUCGAUUAUAAGGUAUAAUUUUGUUGUUUUUCCUUAAUAGUAUAACAUUUUCAUUAGAUGUUUCACACUAGCAACAAAUCGUAAAUCUAAAAUUGAUAUUUUUAGUUAUGUAUUACUUCAACAAGAUGAUAUUGAUCUGAGAUAAUCUACACUGAUUUUAUCCUGCUCAGUUUUGAGUUAUGUAAUUGAGAUACAUUGAAUGAACUGUAAAUAUAGAGCGCUAAGAACUUUAAUUUAUUAAACUGCUGUAGAGCUAUUGUGAAAUAAUUUUAAGUAGUUAAAUAAUCCACCAACGAAGAUGCAAUAUUGAGAUACUAUAUCUUUGAUCUUAACACGAGGUUGCAGACGAAAUUCUAUUUUACCAUGUUUAUGUUUAUGUUGUUCAUAUAAAUUCUGUUUUUAAAUGGCUCUGAUUAGACUUUACUUUCGUUUAUCUAAGUUCAUUAAAUCAACAUGCAUUGACAAAUUCGGAUUACACAGGGAUUAUGUUAUAACAAUACAAUUCUAUAUCUACGAAAGACGACGAGGCUACUCGUUUCUACUGAAACACAACGUUUUCUUGGAAAUAUAGAUAUUCAGGUGAACGAUAUUUCGAGAUGUAACACGAGUGUAAUUGAAAAGCAUAAUUAGGAUUAUUGAUAUAUUGUUUUAUUCGAUUGCGAUAAGAAUCAAUAGCCACAAGAAAAAAAAUCAUGAAAUUUUAUGCAUUCCGAGAUGAUACUAUUUUACCAACUACAAUGGCCAAUUGAUUAAUAGUACAUCAAUUCAUCAGAUGAGUGGUCGCUGGAAACACAUUUUGUAACGAAACUGUAAAAAAGAAAAUACUAAAGUCACGAUGAGUGCUGUAAGUAACCGUAGUCUAAUCCUUCAGUGACAGUCAAAUCGUUUUAGGUUAAAAUAAAGGUCGUUUACUUAAGACACUGCUGUUUAUGACCGUGAAAUCCCUUUUCAGAUCAUAACACAAUGAGUUAUUGAUAUAUUUCUAGAAUUGGAAGAAUGUCCAUCAUUCUACUCUUUUAUUUUUUUUUAAAUAUCGAAGUUGCAAAACACCUCCAAUUGAUUAGUUUUAAACAAACAAAGUUUCAACAGAAAUAAAUCGAAUCGAAUCAAGUA